AGCGAGACGCUCCCGGCGUUAGCUACUAGGCGUUCUUCAAGUUUCCAGCCGGAAGCUGAGUAUAUUUGCUUCAAAGAAGAAAGGCGUGCCAGAGCGAAAGCUUACUUGUACAAGACCAUGGAUAAAUAUUUGACGGACCGUCGCAUCCAGCGCUGGACACCGGACAAGGAGGCACGGCUGAUAGGCCUCUACGAGCAGAACAGGUUGCUGUGGGAUAGCCGCCACCCCGACUACCACAACAAGGACAAACGCGAAGGUGCCAUGAGCGCCAUUGCGCAAGGACUGCAGGACGAAUUCGACGUGUUGGACGUGAAAAACAAGAUCAAAUGGCUGCGCGAUUACUUCGUAAAGGAACUAAAGAGGGAGCUAGGCUUGACGGUCAAAAGAACCUCACACCGGAGGCCCUCCUGCCAAGGCUACGUGUCCCGCUGGGAGCACUUUCACAAGUGGGCUUUCCUGCGUAGCAUCUGCAGUGCUGACUUGUGCUCGCCUUCGACCACCAAUGCACGAGAUUCCCAAAUGCAGAACGAUUCUGCGGACGUGCGGCCGCCGAUCCCCAACGGCGAAGGCAGAAGCGCCGAGAUGCCCGCUUCAACGCAAGGCUUCUCGUCGAAUGACAGCAGGCCGCAGACUCCCUCUGUACCACCCAAGAACAAUGCAGCUUGUAAUCCGGUCCCCGCGACGACGCCCGUAUGCGAGUCAUGCGCUCCUUCGCGCUCGAGCACGACGUCAACCCCUGCGGCGUUGGUCAUGGGUACAAGGCGUUCGGAAUCUCAUGUGCCAACACACACAAGCGACAAAGAGCACGAGGAUGCCGUACCAGCAUUCCGGGUCCCGUCAGCAAAUGAGAAAAGGGGACACGACUCACGAGCCAGUGAUGUCGAGACAGGACCGAGAAACGAGCCUGGUUUCGCAACGAUCGGCGACGUCUCCGUGGAUUUAUUCUCCCUACACGUCAUGUGCCAGCUGCGGGAGAUGAACCAGUACCAGAGAGACUUGGCGAUUCUGCGCAUACGGCAGCAGCUGUUCGACGCGCAAUACGCAGUCGAGCCAAGCGUCGCUGUCGUCGGGGCAGGUCAGUCAACUGCUCUUAGCGGCGUCGGGACAUCUCAUCAUACAGAAAGUCAACAGGUCUCUACAGCACACAACUCGCGGACGACCUGCGCUCUACGGCUCCCGUCGCCCAUUCGUACAGCAAGUGUUGAAAUCAGGGGCACCACACAGACGAGUCUGGGCGCAAGACCAGCAAGCGCGUAACCUAGAAUA